CAGAGAGGGAGGUUGGACCGGGAACAAUAGAGAGAAACGAAGCCAGCCCUGAGACACCAAACAAACCGAGAGGGCGACAGAAAGAAAGAAAGAAAGAAAGAGCGCCAGAGGGGGAUGGAGGGAGCAGAGAGGUGGACGGAGAACAUGUGAGGAAUAAAGAGGAGAGGAUUUUCCGGAGCGGAGGCUUGAUUCCCGUCUUUCUUUUGUCGGUGGAUUGUAUUGAACCGGAUUCCGGUAUGAACCCUGCAGAAGCGGCCGAGGAGGCGCCCAGCGACCCCGACACUGAUGCCUUCUACAAAACAGGGUCACUGAGGACUGAAGGCAUCAAGGCGUCUGACGUUCUUCCUGUGUUGAAGGAGAAGGUUGCCUUCGUAUCAGGUGGGCGAGACAAACGAGGAGGACCAAUCCUGACAUUUCCUGCGAGGAGUAACCACGACCGAAUAAAACAGGAAGACCUGAGAAGGCUGGUAACCUACCUGUCUACUGUUCCUAGUGAGGAUGUCUGUAAACGUGGUUUUACUGUCAUCAUCGACAUGCGCGGCUCUAAGUGGGAGCUGAUCAAGCCCCUUCUGAAGACGCUGCAGGAGUUUUUCCCGGCCGAGAUCUGCGUGGCGCUCAUCAUCAAACCGGACAACUUCUGGCAGAAGCAGAAGACAAACUUUGGCAGUGCAAAGUUCUCAUUCGAGACUAGCAUGGUGUCAGUCGAAGGUCUGGCCAAACUGGUGGACCCCUCCCAACUGACGGACGACUUCGAAGGCUCUCUGGACUACAACCAUGAAGAAUGGAUGGAGCUGAGAGUCUCUCUGGAGGAGUUCAUGUCCAACGCCGUUCACCUGUUGUCCAGACUGGAGGACCUGCAGGAGCUUCUGUCCAAGAAGGAGUUUCCUGCAGAUGUGGAAGGAUCUCGUCGGUUGAUAGAGGAGCACACACAGCUGAAGAAAAAGGUGCUGAAGGCUCCAGUGGAGGAGUUGGACCGGGAGGGCCAGAGGCUGCUGCAGUGUAUCCGAUCAAGUGAUGGUUUUUCAGGGAGAAACUGCAUCUCAGGCUCUGCCGACUUCCAGAGCUUGGUGCCCAAGGUGGCCAGUCUGCUGGACAAGCUGCACUCCACCAGGCAACACCUCCAUCAGAUGUGGCACGUCAGGAAGCUGAAGCUGGACCAGUGCUUCCAACUCCGACUCUUUGAGCAGGACGCCGAGAAGAUGUUUGACUGGAUCAGCCACAACAAGGAGGUGUUCCUGCAGAGUCACACGGAGAUCGGCCGGAGUUACCAACAUGCUGUGGAGCUGCAGACGCAACACAACCACUUCGCCAUGAACUCCAUGAAUGCCUAUGUAAAUAUCAACAGAAUCAUGUCAGUGGCGAGCCGCCUGGCGGAGGCCGGUCACUACGCCUCCACACAGAUAAAGCAGAUCUCCGGUCAGCUGGAUCAGGACUGGAAAAGUUUUGCCGCUGCGCUUGACGAGCGCUCCACCAUCCUUGCCAUGUCGUCGGUCUUUCACCAGAAGGCUGAACAGUUCCUGUCGGAGGUGGAGGCCUGGUGUAAAGUCUGCAGUGAGGGAGGGUUGCCGUCUGAGAUGCAGGAGCUGGAGAUCGCCAUCCACCGCCACCAGAGCCUGUACGAGCAGGUGACCCAGGCUUACACAGAGGUGAGUCAGGAUGGUAAAGCCCUGCUGGACGUCCUCCAGAGGCCUCUGAGUCCCGGCAACUCAGAAUCGCUGACGGCCACCGCCAAUUACUCCAAAGCGGUCCACUGCAUCCUGGACGUGGUGCACGAGGUUCUGCACCAUCAGCGGCGCCUCGAGAACAUUUGGCAGCACCGAAAGGUCCGACUGCACCAGAGGCUGCAGCUGUGUGUGUUCCAGCAGGAUGUCCAGCAGGUGAUGGACUGGAUAGAAAACCACGGCGAGGCUUUCCUCAGCAAACACACUGGUGUCGGGAAAUCCCUCCACAGAGCCCGAGCCCUGCAGAAAAGACACGACGACUUUGAAGAUGUAGCUCAGAACACAUACACAAAUGCAGACAAGCUGCUGGAGGCAGCUGAGCAGCUGGCUCAAACCGGAGAGUGUGACCCUGAGGAGAUCUACAAGGCGGCCAGGCACCUUGAGGUCCGAAUCCAGGACUUCGUCCGACGAGUCGAACACAGGAAGCUGCUGCUGGACAUGUCUGUCUCCUUCCACACACACACCAAAGAGCUGUGGUCGUGGAUGGAGGAGCUGCAGAAGCAGCUGUUGGACGAUGUGCUCUGUGAUUCGGUGGAUUCGGUUCAGACCCUGAUCCAGCAGUUUCAGCAGCAGCAGACGGCCACACUGGAGGCAACGCUCAAUGUGAUUAAAGAGGGAGAGGAAUUAAUACAGCAGCUCAGGGACGCAGCCAUGUCGACCAAUAAGACGCCCCACUGCAGUUCCAUCGCGCACAUUCAGGGGGUGCUGCAGCAGCUGGACGAGGCUCAGGGCCAGAUGGAGGAACUGUUCCACGAACGCAAAAUCAAGCUGGACAUUUUUCUCCAGCUACGCAUAUUUGAGCAGUAUACUAUCGAGGUCACGGCGGAGCUGGACGCCUGGAACGAGGAUCUGUCCCGUCAGCUGAACGACGCCAGCCGCUCGGGAGGCAGCAGCGGCAGCAGCAGCGGGGGCGGCGGCGCCUCCUCUGGCGGCGCAGAGGACAUCGGCCUGGCAGAGCAGCGCCUGAAAAGACACGCAGAGAGGAAGGUGGCCAUGAACAACAUGACGUACGAAGUGAUGCAGCAGGGUCAGGACCUGCACCAGUACAUCAUGGAGGUCCAGGCUUCAGGGAUUGAGCUGACAGGGGAGAAGGACAUGGACUUGGCCUCUCAGGUUCAGGAGCUGUUGGAGUUCCUCCAUGAGAAGCAGCAGGAGGUGGAGCUCAAUGCGCAACACACGCACACUCGGCUGGAGCAGACGCUGCAGCUGCGCCACCUACAGGCCGAGGUUAAACAGGUGUUGGGUUGGAUCCGUAAUGGUGAGUCCAUGUUGAAUGCCAGCAUGGUGAACGCCAGCUCUCUGUCUGAGGCCGAGCAGCUGCAGAGGGAGCAUGAACAGUUCCAGAUGGCUAUAGAGUCUCUCUUCCAUGCUAACUCUCUCCAGAAGACUCAUCAGAGCGCUCUGCAGGUCCAGCAGAAAGCAGAGAUGGUGCUGCAGGCGGGUCACUAUGAUCCAGAGGCAAUCCGGAGCUGUGCUGAGAAAGUGGCCGUUCACUGGCAGCAGCUGAUGCUGAAGAUGGAGGACCGCCUGAAGCUGGUCAAUGCCUCCGUGGCCUUCUACAAGACGUCUGAACAGGUGUGCAGUGUGUUAGAGAGCCUGGAGCAGGAGUACCGUCGGGAUGAAGACUGGUGUGGCAGUCACGAUAAACUGGGAAUGUCGGCCGACAGCGACCACCUUCUACCUCUGAUCAGCAAACACCUGGAGCAGAAAGAAGCCUUCCUCAAGGCGUGCACUCUGGCCCGGAGGAACGCUGAGGUGUUUCUGAAGUACAUCCACAGGAACAACGUGAGCAUGCCUGGAGCCACCAGUCACGCCAGAGGGCCCGAACAACAAGUUAAAGCCAUUCUGAAUGAGCUGCUGCAGAGAGAGAACAGAGUCCUUCACUUCUGGACGUUAAAGAAACGAAGGCUGGACCAGUGUCAGCAGUAUGUGGUGUUUGAACGCAGUGCCAAGCAGGCCCUGGACUGGAUCCAAGAGACAGGUGAAGUUUACCUGGCCACACACACAUCACCUGGUGACAGCAGCGAGGAAACACAGGAGCUCCUCAAUGACUACCAUCACUUCAGACUCAGUGCCAAGCAAACCAAGGAGAAGGUGAAGCUGCUGAUCCAGUUGGCGGACAACCUGGUGGAGAAAGGCCACGCCCACGUGUCGGAGCUGAAGCGCUGGGUCAGCACGGUGGACCGCAGGUACCGAGACUUCUCGCUGCGCAUGGGCAAAUACCAGGAGAGCCUGGAGAGGAGCCUGGGGGUCAGCUCUGAGGACAACAAAGACCUGGAGCUGGACAUCAUCCCCGCCAGCCUGACGGACGACCCUGAGGUCAAACUGCGUGACCCCAACCACGAGGUCAACGAGGAGAAGAGGAAGUCCGCCAGGAAGAAAGAGUUCAUUAUGGCCGAGCUACUGCAGACAGAGAAGACCUACGUCAGAGAUCUCCAAGAGUGUCUGGAGAACUACCUGUGGGAGAUGACCAACGGCGUGGAGGAGAUUCCUGCAGGCAUCGCCAACAAGGAACACAUCAUCUUCGGCAACAUGCAGGACAUCUACGACUUCCACAACAAUAUUUUCCUGAAGGAGCUGGUGAACUAUGAGCAACUACCGGAGGAUGUUGGUCACUGCUUCGUCACAUGGGCUGAUAAGUUCCACAUUUAUGUGGAUUACUGUAAGAACAAACCAGACUCCAGUCAGCUCAUACUGGAGCAUGCCGGCACCUUCUUUGACGACAUCCAACAGAGACGUGGACUGGCCAACUCCAUCUCCUCCUACCUCAUCAAACCAGUCCAGAGGAUCACUAAGUACCAACUACUGCUUAAGGAGCUACUGUCUUGUUGUGAGGAGGGCAAGGGAGAGAUUAAAGAUGGGUUGGAGGUGAUGCUCGGUGUUCCCAAGAGAGCUAAUGAUGCCAUGCAUCUCGCCAUGUUGGAGGGGUUUGAGGAGAACCUGGAGGUGCAGGGUGAGCUCAUCCUGCAGGACAGUUUCCAGGUUUGGGAUCCACGCUCACUGAUCAGGAAGGGGCGGGAUCGACACCUCUUCCUGUUUGAGUUCUCCCUGGUCUUCAGCAAGGAGAUCAAAGACUCAGCCGGCAGAACCAAGUACCAAUACAAGAACAAACUACUGACGUCAGAGUUGGGUGUGACUGAGCACAUUGAGGGCGAUCCAUGUAAAUUUGCGCUGUGGGCAGGAAGAACCCCCUCCUCUGACAAUAAAACUGUGCUCAAAGCGUCCAGUAUGGAGGCUAAGCAGGAGUGGAUUAAAAAUAUCAGGGAGGUGAUCCAGGAGAGGAUGACUCAUCUGAAGGGGGCGCUCAAAGAACCUGUUCAUCUGCCUAAAACACCAGCACUGACCAAACCCAGGAAUAACGCCAAAAGGGAGGGAGGUGAAGAUGGAGACAGUCAGGGAGACGGCAGCAGCCAACCAGAUACCAUCUCCAUCGCCUCCAGAACGUCCCAGAACACUGUAGACAGCGACAAGCUCUCUGGUGGUUGUGAGCUGACAGUCGUCCUCACGGACUUCACGGCAGGAUGCAGCACAGAGAUGUCUGUCAGCACCGGCCAGACGGUGGAGCUGUUGGAGCGGCCGAGUGAGCGGCCCGGUUGGUGUCUGGUCCGAACCACCGACCGCAGCCCGCCACAGGAAGGACUGGUUCCCAGCUCCACACUCUGCGUGUCCCACUCGCGUUCCAGCGUGGAGAUGGACUGCUUCUUCGGCUCGGGGAAAGAAAACUAUCCCGUUAGUGGCUCUGAUGGGAAGACGGAGUCCGUGGCGAACCUUCAGCCGCAGCCAUCCCUCAGCUCGCUGCAGUCCAGCUCUCCUGGUCCCAAGCGCUCUGGAAACACUCUGAGAAAGUGGCUGACCAGUCCGGUCCGCCGCCUCAGCCACGGCAGCUCCGUCAAGAAACUUCCCAACAACAAACAGAAGAAGACUGGCCCAGGAUCAGGAAGAGACGAGAGCAGGAAGAGCAUCGACCUGGGACAGCCUGACCUCGGCCUGCAGGAUGACAUCAUCGAUGAGAGAGUCCUCAGUAAAGAUGGUAACCUCCUCUCCAAGACGUCCUCUGGGAUGCAGAGCGGCGGGGAGGAGGAGCAGGACGAGGAGGCUCACACCCCCCUGCCUCCCCCCAUGGAGAUCAUCAAGGACCCGUCGGCUCAGGACGACAAGUCUUCAUCCUUGCUAACGUCUCUGCAGUCUUCCUCUGAGGUGCCCAGCGCUGCCGAGCUGGUUAGCGCCAUAGAAAAACUGGUUAAAACCAAGAUGACUCUGGAACCAGGAGCGUACCCCGGCUUCACCUCUCUGUCCCCGCCAGAGCAAACCACGCCCGUCCAGCCGCGAAAUCCUGAGCUGGAGCAGAGAGCCAAAGCUAUGAGAGGACGAAUGUUUGUUCUGAACGAGCUGAUUCAGACGGAGAAGGACUACGUCAAAGACCUGGGCAUCGUGGUGGAGGGCUUCAUGAAGAGGAUCGAGGAAAAGGGCGUCCCCGACGACAUGAAAGGAAAAGACAAAAUCGUCUUUGGGAACAUCCACCAGAUCUACGACUGGCACAGAGAAUUCUUCGUAGGAGAGCUGGAGAAAUGUCUCGAAGACAACGAACACCUUCCUGAGCUCUUCAUCAAACACGAGAGGAGACUUCACAUGUAUGUGGUUUAUUGUCAGAAUAAGCCAAAGUCUGAGUUCAUCGUAGCGGAAUAUGACACAUAUUUUGACGGAAUCCAGCAGGACAUCCAGUCCAGGUUGACGAUCAGUGACUUCCUCAUCAAACCAAUCCAGAGAAUCACAAAAUACCAGCUGCUCCUGAAGGACUUCCUGAAGUUCAGUUCCAAGGCAGGCAUGGACUGCGAACAGAUAGAGAAAGCUGUAGAUUUGAUGUCUCAGGUCCCUAAACUGUGUAAUGACAUGAUGAACCUGGGUCGGCUGCAGGGAUACGAGGGUAAGCUGACGUGUCAGGGCAAACUGCUGCAGCAGGAAACCUUCUUUGUAACAGAGCAGGACGCCGGCGUCCUGUCGCGCUCCAAAGAACGUCGAGUUUUCCUCUUUGAGCAGAUCGUCAUCUUCAGCGAGCUGCUCAGGAAAGGAUCGUCCACGCCCGGGUACCAGUUCAAGAAGAGCAUCAAGGUGUCCUACCUGGGUCUGGAGGACAGCAUGGACAACGAUCCCUGUAAGUUCGUCUUGUCGUGUCGCGGCUCGUCGGAACGCUUCACCCUGCAGGCCGCUAACGUCGACAUCAAGCAGGUCUGGGUCCGACACAUCAGGGAGGUCCUGGAUGCUCAGAGCAACUUCCUGUCGGCUCUUCAGUCUCCUAUUGAGUACCAGAAGGAGAAGGGCGGAGCGGGCUGCAGCUCGUCGCUGACCAGAAACCGCUCCACCUCUGGAAACCGCUCUGCUAUGUCCUCGCACAGCCGUCCGUCCUCAGCGGUUGGCCUCGGCGACAAGGAAUUGGAGAGGGGGAGGAGCCAGAUGAAGAUGUCUACCUCCAACGGUGGUACAUCAUGUUUCGACUCCAGGGACAGUGAAGGCGGCUGUAAUGGCGUCUCCUCCACCAUGCUGGUCACUCAGGACUACUCGGCGCUCAAAGAGAACGAGAUCUGCGUCAGUCAGGGAGAGAUCGUCCAGAUCCUGGCCACCAAUCAGCAGAACAUGUACCUUGUUUUUCGUCCGGCCAACAUCCAGUCGCCCGCAGCUGAGGGCUGGGUGCCGGGAAACAUCUUGGGCCCGCCCACAAAGUCCAUUAAAGACUCUUCCUCUACUUCCUCUUUCCCGACGGCAGUGGCCGAUGCCAACAACAUCAAGAAGUCUCUGUCAUGGAAUACAUUGCGUGCCAGGAAGCGCGCUGAAGCCAAGGACGCCUCCCUGGUGGGGGUCAGAGGUCAGGAGAAUGGCCUCCUUCGUAAGCCCAAAGAAACCACGCCCCCUCUCCCGCUCGCCUCCCCCGCCACCAGGGCGAAGGGCAAAGAGGUUCACACUUCAGAUGAGUCAGACUGUGAUGAUGACCUUGUCCCAAAGACAGGCAUGGAGCUUCUCAACCCAAACUUCAUCCAGGAAGUGGCUCCGGAGUUCCUCGUCCCUCUGUCAGACGUUGUGUGUGCGUUCGGGGAGACUGUAGUCCUCUGCUGCAAAGUGUGUGGACGACCCAAACCCAGCGUCACCCUGAAGGGCCCCGACCAGAACCCUGUGACCAGCAACAGCCGCUUCACUAUAGACAUCAGGGAUACAGGUGACAUCUUGCUGAAGAUCUGCAAUCUGCUGCCUCAGGACACAGGGAUCUACACCUGCGUUGCUGUUAACGAUCACGGCUCUGCCUCCUCCUCCGCCUCCAUUAAAGUGCAAGGUAUCCCAGCAGCCCCUGGGAGACCGGUGGCCCAGGAGGCCAGCAGCACGGCGGUGAUGAUCCACUGGCCGCCUCCGGCUACAUCCGCUCACAGUGCUGUCAGCAGCUACACUGUGGAGUACAGACAGGAAGACUCAUUGCUAUGGCAGCAGGUGGCCAGCAGCAGAGAGGAGUGCAUUCAGAUUGAUACUCUGAUUCCUGGAGGCCACUACCAGUUCAGAGUGCGAGCCUCCAACCGCUGGGGGGUUGGCCCACCAUCCGAGCCCUCAAAUAUGGUCACACUGCCCAGCAGCAACUCUGGCUAUGAUGGAACUGGGAUCCAGUGGAAAGAGAACUUUGAGUCGACCUUCUCUGAGAUCAGCGAGAUUGGAAGGGGAAGGUUUUCAGUGGUGAGAAAAUGUCUCAACAAGUCAACAAAGAAGGAGGUUGCGGUUAAGUUUGUGAGUAAGAAGAUGCAGAAGAAGGAGCAGGUGGCUCACGAGGCCGACGUCCUCCUACAUGUACAGAACCCCCAGCUGGUGGCGCUGUUGGACACAUAUGAGUCUCCCACCUCUCUGAUGCUGAUCCUGGAGCUGCUGGAAGAUGGUCGUUUGCUCGAUUACCUCGUCGCCCACGAUGAGCUGAUGGAGGAGAAGGUGGCGUUCUUCAUCAGAGAAACACUGGAGGCCCUGCAGCACCUUCACACCUGCAGAGUAGCACACCUGGAUCUGAAGCCUGAGAACAUCAUGGUCGACCUCCACUCUCCCACCCCGCGCAUUAAGCUCAUCGACUUCGGCGAUGCCGUCCAGCUGUCCUCCCACCGACGCUAUGUCCACCUCUUGCUUGGAAACCCAGAGUUUGCAGCUCCUGAGCUCAUCAGGGGGACGCCGGUGUCUGUUGCGACAGACGUGUGGAGCGUCGGCGUGCUGGCCUACGUCAUGCUCAGUGGCGUCUCCCCAUUUCUGGACGAAUCACCGGAGGAAACCUGCGUCAACAUCUGCCGCCUGGACUUCUGCUUCCCGGACGAGUACUUCCGUGAUGUGAGCCAGGCGGCUAGGGAUUUUGUGACCUCGGUGCUGCAGCAGGAUCCCAGGAAGAGGCCGAGCGCUACUUUCUGUCUGCAGCACCCGUGGGUGGGUCGCGGCGGUGCACAUGGUGGGGAGUACUCCAAGACGCCCCUGGACACGACACGGUUGGCCACAUUCAUCGAUCGCAGGCGGCAGCUGCACGACGCCCGGCCCAUCACCAAUAUCAAGGGGCUGGUGAGCAGCAGCAUGGGCAACACACUGUGAUGGAGAGGAGCUCUGAGUGUCCCAACACUCGACAACACACCAUCCGUCACGGACCACCAGGGCACACACAAUAAUGCUAUGAUAUAUUUGAAGCAUUUAGUUAUCUGUAAUAUUUAUUGAUUUGUGAGUGGGAUUUGGUGCCUGGGUCCUUCUUGUGGUGCGAGAUUUUAAUCUAGGACAGAAAAAUCUGUGAAAUUUCCGUCUGUACAAUAUUUAAUUGCUGACUAACACUUCACCUGAUCUUUGCUCACCUGGUAUCAACCAUUACAUAUGAAGCAGGUCCCAUAAACUGCAUAGAUGCCCUUGUAAGAACCCAAAGAAAUGAGCUCAGAGUUGAUUCAAAAGUGAGCAUUUACAAAAAACACACUGUGAGCAGGCACGAUGGCAACAUAUUAGUUUAUAUUUGUACUGUUUAUUUUUUCAGGGACAGAUGAUAUAUCGCAGGCAAAGGGCCGUUCUGUUGAUCCCGGUGUUGAGCUAAUGUCUCUGGUAUUCUGGAUCUGAAGGGGAACAGUGAGGCAGAGCUCAGUCCCUCAGGGAUUGGCCUUAUCAUCCCAUCUGAUCAUCAGAAUCCCUCACUGAGGAGCGUCACAUCAGGCGUGCUCAGCUAACAUAACUGAACAUGUUGAAAAGGUUAAGUUAGUCUUUUACCACUUGAGGGAAAGUCAGACAGUGAUAUUUUGCCUGACCAGUAACUGCUUGGUUGGUCGGUUGGACAUCAGACAAAUAACUGCUGACUGUCUAUUUGUCAUGAUGUCUGAUUUGGAUCAGUACUAUGGCAAACUCGGAGGAUAAAAUGAUCCAUUCACCCCAAACAUGCAAAAUGCAUUCAUUAUCUCCCCCCUCCAUGCUGAUGGAAAGUCAGGUGAAGUUUCAUAGUCCACAAAACAUUUCUGGGGCUUCUGGGAGCAAAACGGUGCAACAGAAAUGUGGGGACAGUCGCUGCAUAUGACCUGAAGCCUGCCUGCCUGUAGAAAACCUCCUGAAUGAAAUGUGGAUGUAAUAAGCAGACAUGUUACUCGAUGUGUGGCGACUGGUCGAAGGAAGGAAAUUGGCCCGCAUCCCCACUUGCUGAGAGCACUGUAAAUUCUCCUCGCUCGUCCAAACUUUCUGCCGUCAGUUCGAUCGCUGAUGGGGGAUUCACAUGGGAAAUGAUCGAUUUCAAAACAAUGUGUCUUGAACAGCAGCAAGCAAAGAGCUCAGACCUCCGGUGUCACCACAGAGGAUUCCUGCAUCGUACCUUUAAUUUAUUGAAUGUUUGCAUAAUUCAGGACUGGGGUUGAGAGUGAGAUCAGAUUUGCAGUGGUGACCUGGAGCAGGACUGUACGAGACGACAAGCUAAAACGGAGCUGAACUGAAGUCGGUGAACAGCUGCUGGACUGUGCAGCAGCUCUCAGUAGUGUUGCAGUGAACUGCUUACAGAGUUUACAUCAAACCACCGUUGGAUCUGCUUUGAGCAGUGCUGGACUGAAGAUUGCUUUGGACUACAGUGAAAUGGCUUACAGUUGGAAGCUGUAGAAAGAGGCAUCAGUACAUGGACGGUGAAACAAAUCACUGAAUAACCUCAAACGGAGGGCGGCUGGUCCUCACGCAGGAUUCCUGUCCACAGAAAAGACACCAUGGAGACUGGAAUCCUUUCCAUGGGACAUCUAUGAUUUGUUCGUAUCACUGUUUACAAAUACUAUGUCCAAAAACAUGCUUAGAUAGUUUACAAAGAGUAGAAUAAUCAGGGAAAACCUGCAUGUAAAUUCACCAGGGAUGGUGUAGAAGUCAGGUUAGUCUGUUCUAGAACAAAAGCCUGUGACAUUUUUGGUGUUACGGUGGAGAAAUGAACUCCACCCUGCCACCGCUUUGUUCGUGCAUUCGUCCAACAGCCGCCGUGGCGAGUAACCAACUAUAGUGUUUGGGUCCCAUUCAUCUGGCUUGUAAAAUAGUUGAUGUGGAUGCUGAAUCGGUCUUUGAUUUAGACAGAAGAGUCCUGUUUGUACUGAUGAAUGUAAUUUCUUGUAGAAUGUGUUCCGCCAUCACAAGUGCUGUCCUCCGCUUUCACCAAAUGCUUUCGCUUUCACAACGCUCCCUUCAGCGUCCCCAAACCCCUGCAAGCAUUUAAGCGUACUUCAGUGGUAAGCAUUUAUUUUCGUGCAGCCAGGGAUGCAGAGUGGUGCACAUGUAAGAAGCCCACAGUCCUGUAGAAGCAGCUUUCACCUCUGAUGUCGAGUGCAACACCGUGCAGAUGUUCAAGUGUAACAGUUUGUGUUUAACAGUGCAGCUGUAAUGAGAUCUAUUCAGGUACCAGUGCAACAGCAGAGCUCUGCUGUUUCAUCUCAGUUUUCGUCGUCUCGGCACUGACUUUGGAUCAGACGUCACCGCUGGAACCUGCAGCUUCCCACAGAGAAACAUGCAACAACGCUAGGUUGCAGUCCGAGGUAGCAAACCUAACGUUUCUCUAUCCAGAAGGUGCUGAGAUUUAUCUCAUCAGCAUGGCAGCAGACUGUACCGUUACACAGAAUUACUGGUAACAGCUUUUAAUCAUCUCCUAACACACACAACAGCUUUGUGUUAAAUGGUUCAGAAUAAACAUGAAAUGUGCUUACAGAUAACUGUUAAUGUGUGUCAGCUGACCAGCUGAUGUUGUGAAACGCUGUCGAUGCCACUGGCACAUAAACGUCAGCCCGUUCAUUCCGUAAAAGGAAAAUCUCGAUAGCUUGUCAAUAUUAAACAUUUUCAGGAGUUGCGGAGCAGCAAAGUGCCAGUUGUCUUUCGUUUAGGCCUGUGAUAUGGAGACCCAGAGUGUUCACGAUUAGAUAAACACAUCCGUCCAUAAGUCAAGCAUUUAAACAUAUCAGUGCAUUUAGAUGUGACGUAAAAUGUGAAAUAAUCUAAAGCUGUGGUUCUGAACGAGCAAAGUGAUGAAAUAAACAACACAUCCUCACACCUAAAUGACUGAAGAAGUCGAUUACUAUAUCAUUGCUCCGAAAACAACAUGACCAUUGCAGGUCGGAUGAAGUUGAGUGGGUUUAGGAAAGAGCAGUGUUGGUGCCUAGAAGGUGCACUAAGGUUAAGUUUCAGACAACACUGUGGUUUGGUUUAAAAUAAUGAUGGGAGUCAUGUACAAUCAGUUACUAACAUAAUGAUGUCACACGUAACACAACUCCACUUCCUGCUGGCAAAACAGCUUAGGUGACAUAAAAAGAAAACUUGUGCUUUCACUGUUUUUUCCAUCUUGACACUCUAAAUCAACCUGUAGCGAACACCUGAAGGUAAUCCUGAACGCCAAAAGAAAGCAGAUAUCUGUUUGUUAUAAAUAAAUACCAAAAUGGUGACAAUAAACAGAUUUUUGGGUUAAAACAACUGUGGUUGUUAAACAGGUUACAGGUCUGUUUCUGCUAGUUUUACAUUGUUCCUAUAAGCAAUGGGUCACAUGAUUAAAUCCACAGCUUCGGUCUACACAUGACAUGAGUGUCUUAACUGCCUGAGCUCCUCAUUCACCCACUGAAAAAGGCCAAUCUGUGCUCUACAUUAUAGUAUUUUAGCCUAGCACUCAGGGUCUUCAUGAGGUAUAAUAAUAACCCAGCCUUCAAAAUGCAUAGAAUUUCAGCAGUUCGCUAUGAUAUUAAAGCUUUACUGAGGUCUGUAUUUGUCUUGUUAAAACUGUAAUAGUUUCCUGUAAUGACGACUGUUUAUCUGCAACCUUUAGAGGGAGAUCUUUUUUUAAAAUGCCAUUUUCCUUGGAUUUUAUGAUCAAGGACUCUCUUUCCCAGUCUGCCCAUCAGGAUUUCAAACGAAAAAGGAAAUAUUAGAAGAUGACAACGCAGUCGUAUGUGUGUACAGUAUGUAAAGUAGUAUUUCUCUCUUAAUCCGUUACAAGCUUCACCCUCUGGUUUGCUUCAAUAAUUUAAGCCUGGUUUUAACCUGCAAAGCAGCAGAGGCUUGGUUUGAACUCUCUGAAGAGCAGAACCUGAAUCUGUUGGUAGUCAAAACCCAGCUCACAGAAUAAAUGUACAUUCCUGCAAACCACAGAUAUGUUGAAUCUUUGCACUUCGUGUUGCAAUCUUUAAGUUUCCUUAUGUACAAAGAUCAAUUUUACUUUAUAAGGCUGUGCUUAUGAUGUGGUUAGUGCUCAGGCACAACAACUACUUGGUUAGGGUUAGGACACGAUCAUGUUUUGGCUUACUUGGUUCUGUUGCCGGUAACAAAUGUGGCUGGUGGCUGAAGAAUGUGCUAUGGUCUCAUCAAAAAACAAGAGAUAUUGUUGACACUGACAUGGCUGAAAAAUCUUCUGACAUCUCUUUAAAACAUAUCCAGGUGUUUCAUGCUUACAGUUGCUGAAAAGCCGUCUUGAACUGCAGCAUCUCAAAUGCAACUUGUCACGCACUACAACACAGCCGUCCCCUGCACUUCAUAUACUGUAUGUACAGUGGAAAUAUUUAUAUGAUACAUAUCACAUAUACAAGAUCUUAACACACCCGUGGUUUGCUGAGAUGGAAAAUGCCACGAUUUUAUUCUGCUGACCCAUCUGUGGCUGUCUCAUCCAUAUGCAACCUCAUGAUGAGGGAUGCUCCGAUCGGUCUGGUGCUGAAUCACAUCACCAGUAAGUGAUGCAAGAACAUGGCUCAGGUGACACCGUCACUGAGCAGUGCAGUCAGCCAGUGGCGCCGCUGGUCCUAGAUUAAAGUGUGAAGUAAUCUGUUUUUGCCCUGAAAGAGUCAUGCUUCAAGGUACGCACGGGUUAUUCUAUUGUUGAGAAGUCAUUAUGAGGCCUCCUUCAGCUUCUAGACCUUUUCUAAGGACGUGUUUCGAGGAUGUGCGUUACAUUGAAACAUCUGCUACCUGGAUCAUGUAGGUCUUAUCUGUACCUGUAAUAUUGCAUCAUCAUUUAUUUGUCAAUUACUAGCAUUACUCUGAAUCUCUGAAGCAUUGACUACAGUUUUCAAAUGCAUGUGGAGUAAAAUGUACAAUAUUUCCAUUCGAAUUGUAGUGCAGAAAUAUAUGAAGUAGCAGAAAAUAAUAAUACAAAGUACAAGGAUGUAAAAAGUGUACCUUAGUACAGUACUAAAACUACUGAGUUUCUUUCCAACCCUGGUCAAUGCAGGCACCUCUCCACAGUUUGACAGUGACAGUCAGGUGUCACUCCUCGAUCGUUAAACCUUCCAAUCAGACGACAACCUCAGAUCUUCCUCUCCAGAGAGUUCAACUUCAGGCCGACCAUCCCGGUGCCCUUCAGUCUCAAUCCCACAAUGCACCUGUCAUAGCUUGGCGAGCCACGUAGCACCGUGGUGGCUCCCCCCUGCUGAAUGCUAGUCUGUGCUGUGUCCCCCCGACAGUGUCCCUGCUGAGCUUUGUUCAUAGAGAAACAUUAUGCUGAUGGCUUCAUGUUGCUGUGUGAAGCAGCACACUUGUGUAUAGGCUGCCUCUUCUUACUCCAUACAACCUGCUGGUUUGUUACUCUU